AAAAGUGAGUGAUUGCGAUUGAGCCUUAGCUGAGAUUGUGUGUACCCGGGGUUGAAUUUUAGCUAGUAAAAUUAAGUGCCCGUGGUAUAACUGCCUGGCUUUGAAGCAGCCCUAAAACAUGAACGUUAAAAAAGAAGGCGAGUAUAAGGAAUAAGGAUACCUUUAAAAUAAAUGGUUUGAGGUACGGUCCUGUUUUGCGACUGGUUCACCCGUAGAUUAAAUGGCUGUACGUCGGCCAUGAUGGCUUUGAGCAGGGACCGUGUAACGCAAACAUGUAUUAACAGUGAAAUAUUUAGUUUAGUGAAUGAGUGAGGGUGAUUAGAUAUAAUGGCUGAUGAACGAUGAGACCCUGAAGAAUUUAUUGCGGUGGGUGUUGAGGCCUAUGGUGGUGCCUCAAACUUCUAGGGCCCCGAAAAGGAACUCGAGGUUCCAAAGCACGCCCCGGACACCCCGCUCCCUCUCCUCAGUAUCAUUCACACACAUUCAUAUUAUAUACAACGACAGUUUAUACAAUAUACUAUUUAUUUCGAGGGAGGGAGAGGGAUUAAAGGGGCCCUUGGUGUUACUUAAAAGUUUGGGCCCAAUUUUAAGACCCUUAUUUUAGUGACGCGAGUGUAAAUAAAUAGACGUCAAUUUUUAUUUUAAAUAUAUACAUAUAUAUUUAGUUGAAGCUAGGUUAUUACGUGCAUCUACGAUGAGCAAGCUGUCGUUCAGGGCGAAGCCCCUGGACGCUUCUAAACCAAUGCCUAUUUUUAUGGCUGAAGAUUUGCCUGAUUUGCCGGAUUAUUCAGCAAUUAAUCGUGCAGUACCACAAAUGCCAAGUGGUAUGACUAAAGAGGAAGAAUGUGAACAUCAUCUUCAAAGAGCGAUAUGCGCGGGUUUAAUUAUUCCAACUCCCGAAGUUACGGAUUUAACAGAUGUAGAAGCUUACGAUAAAAUUUAUCCUGCCGAUUAUAAAUUACCACGACAAUUAAUACAUAUGCAACCAUUUGCAAUGGAACAAGAUAUACCAGACUAUGAUAUGGAUUCCGAAGAUGAAAAAUGGGUUGGAAUACAAAGUGAAAAAAUGGACUUGACACCAUUGCAAUUUGAAGAAAUGAUGGAUAGACUUGAAAAAAAUUCAGCACAAAAAACAGUAUCAUUACAAGAAGCUAAAGCUUUAUUAAAAGAAGACGAUGAUCUUAUUAUCGCUGUUUUUGAUUAUUGGUUAGAUAAACGUCUUAGAAACCCACAACAUCCAUUAUUAUUAACUGUAAAAACGGAUAAUCGUCUUGGAUCUGCGGCCAACAAUCCUUACUUAGCAUUUCGUAGGAUAACUGAAAAAAUGCAAACACGUAAAAAUCGUAAAAAUGAUGAAACUAGUUAUGAAAAAAUGCUUAAAUUACGUAGGGAUCUUAGUAAAGCGGUUACGCUACUUGAAUUAGUUAAAAGACGUGAGAAAACAAAACGUGAACAUCUUCAUCUGACUAUUGAAGUUUUUGAAAAAAGGUAUCAAGCAGAAGAUUUCAGUGGUCAAAUAUUAGCAGAAGUAUCAGCAUUAAAAACAACACGUCCAGCAUUUGCUCCAUUAUUCACAAAUCAAUUUGGCGUACAUCAAAAUUGGUCAAAUAAAGUUUGUAAUAAAGAUGAUGGUUUACAAAGAAAAGAAAAACGACAGUAUAAAAAGCGGAAACAUAAAUUAGACGGCCGUAGUGGAUUAGACGAUAGUGUAUUACGUAGUGGUAGUGCUUGUGGUGGUGUUGGUGGUAGUAAUCGUAAUUCACGUACUGGUGUCCUUGGUAGUGGGCUGGACCCGCUUGUCAGCUCUGACGAAGAUAAUCCAUUUCCUCAUACGCAGUUAUCAAUUUCUAAAGAACGUGAUGAUGAUGAUACUGCUGAUGAGGGUCCGUUUGCAUUUAGGCGCAAUCGGUACUGCAAUUAUUUACCUCCUGUACCAGGUGGUUUUGGUAAUUGGCCUUGGUGUAAUAAAGACGAAGGUGGUACAGCUGAUAAAAAAUACAGGUUUGCGUUAACAAGUAUUAGUAAACCUACUCCAAGAUGUAUUGGUCUUGCAAGACGAAGAUAUGGUCGUGGCGGAAGAGUCAUAUUAGAUCGUUAUCCAAGUGAUAUUGAUGAUAUCUGGUCAUCAUUAGACUUUACAAUACACGAAUCAUGUCAAAAUAACGAUUCAGUAACUACUGCCACACCAACAACAACAAACUCCGUUAAAAAAGAAUGGUUACAUUUCCGGCCAAAAACUCCGUCAGGCACAGAUGCAAACCAAAAUGAAGAGGUAGCAACAGGUUGGAGUACAUCAAGUAAUAGUAGUAGUGAAGAAUCUGAGUCUGAAAUGGACAAUUUUUACACGAAUAGUUCAAUAGGAACAAAAACUAAGAAGCCAGCAUCAUCGUAUCCAUUUCCAACGGAAGCAACGUCAAUAUGCGUUGAUAUAGAGCCCGAUCGACCUAGCAGUGAUGAAAUAUUUACAGCGGAAUUCAAUAUCGCUGAUUAUUUUACAGUUGAUGAUGAUGGACUGACGAGUUUUGACCUUGGUGUUUUAACAACAUCAUCGUCAUCAACGUCAACAACAAUAACAACGUCAGCAGUUUCGUUAUUAUCAUCAACAGCACCUGUAAUUUGUGAAGAACUCGGUAGUUCGCGCUUUCAAGUGACUCCAGUAAACAAUAAUGUGUUUAGUUGUCGUAAUCAGUGUAAUAGUGUCGGUAAAAGUGUAAAUAAUUCAUCUGGUUCAACAACAACAACAAUAACAACAACAACAACUUCCACAUCAUCAUUAUCUUCAUCAACACAAUCAUUAUUAUCUUCAUCUUCAUCCUCUUCAUUAUCGUCCUCUUCAUUAUCGUCCUCAUCAUCAUCAUCCUCAUCAUCAUCGUCAUCGACGUCGUCUUCAUCAUCAAUAUCAUUGUCAUCUACCUCUAACGUUCAAUCAUUUUCCUUACCAUUAACAACAGUAACUACUUCCUUGGUAACACAAUCCGAAAGUGGAAUAACGAAACACGUUAAUCAUUAUAGACAAUUAAUGAACAAUCAAUUAUCAUCAUUACCCUCGUCAUCGUCGACGUCGGGAACGACGUCAUCGGCAACUUCGUCGUCUAUAUUAUCGAAAUCAUUGACUAGUCCAACGAGAAAUUUACGAGUUACUAGUGUUACAAACUAUGGUAAUGGCCAUCAAAAUGGUCCAACUUCUCAUAUAAUUAAUAGUAAUAGUGUUGUUGUUAGUGGAUCGGCUGCUGUUGUGCAAAAUAAUACUGGAACUUAUGUUAGUAAUAAUCAAUCAACCAUUAUUAUACCCCAAAAACAUUCUUCACCGUCCGGUUUAUUACCUGGGUUUAUAGCUCAAACUAAACUUGCUAAUUUAGCGAGGCAGCAACAACAACAACAACAGUUACAGCAACAACAACAAGGACAAAUACAACAACAAAUACCUACGUCCGGGGAAAUUACGCUUACUAGUAAUAAUAGUGAAGGAUUGAGCAUGGAAGUAGAUGGUGUCGAGGGAUCAUCAUGCGAAAGUAAACAACAGCAGCAACAGCAACUUGUACGAACUAACAAAAAUAAUUCACUCGCGAUGGAAGUGACAUGAUGCCUACUGUUGACAUCCCCAUUAUUACUUGCGUCUUGUAAUUGGGGGAUUUGCUAAUAAAUAAAAUUGCUCGAGACAUUUGUCUUGAAAGUAAAAAUAAAGAAAAAAAAAUUAUAUAAAAAAAAAAAAAUUAAAUAAUUAAGAAUGAAACAAACAAGAUAAAAGUAAAAAUGAAUGAAAGAGAAAAAAUCUAAUAUAGUCAACUAUAUCAUUUUCGAGGUUUUUUCUGUAUUAUAUAUAAUUUAUAUAAUUUCAAGCUAAUAAUAUAAUUAUUAAUUCAUCAUUAACAUUAUGACGAAAUAAUAAAUUGAUAGACGAAAAACAUGUC